CUGUGGGUAUUUCCUCACGUUACUCUUUUUCUUAGUAUUACCGUUUGCUUUUGGUUUCAGUUAAUUAUUUGAAUUAUUUCAUUUUCUAAAGAUACAUCGAGAAACAGCUGUGCCUACGUGUCCGUGAAGCUCCACAUGAUCGAAAUCCUCACGAGUUUGGUCGUCCUGUCGAUGAUUUCUACCGUGAUUUUGUUCGAGUGGAAGAUCAAAAUCGACAAAAAUGAACUUCCGUGGUUAGAGGAACUCGUUAAGAAUAUGAAAAUCGAUACUUUCACAACGUCCGAAUGGUUCCAGGUGUGUUACUACGUUAUCCUCGGACACGUGUCCUCGCACGGGACGAUCGUCUUGCCCCGUGAAACGAACCACCUUCUUUUCACCGUAACUUCAUUGAUCUUUGCUCUGACCAUAAGAUCAUUGCUUCUUGCCUACAUGGUGGACAAUUUCCACAGGAGGGAUUACGCGAAAAGUAUUUUUAGAUUCAAGAGAAUGAUCCUAGGGGAAUUACUUGGGGUGAGUGAUCUUCGGCGUAUAAAAUGUGACGAAAUGCGGACUCGUGAACUAAAAUAUAUAAUUGUUUUCCAAGUCUACGGUAACCAAAACGACGAUGGAUCAGAUUUAUAAGCGUUACGCAUUAUUUUGGGAGACUCAAGGGGCGCAAAAUUUGACGAUCGAUCAGUUCGUCGUAUACCCUUUGAUCUUCAGAGCUGAGUGUAGUCUCGAAUUGUCAUGGGACAUGUUCAAACAUGUAAUUAUAUCAGUUUGUAUAUGACAGUAAGCUCGUGGGAAGAAUAUGAC